UGUUGUGGAUGUUUCCUUUCUCUGUUCCAUCCAGUCUUAAUCGUCUACUAGAAACCUUCUACAGUAGUGUAUGUAAUAGGUUUUGUCCAUGUUUCAGAACUGUGUGGGUAUGUGACUGCAGCAAGCAGCUUGGUGUGUCUGUGUAUUUGUCUGUGUGUGAUUGUGUAUACAGUACUGUGCAUAAGUUUCAGACAGUCAAAGAAAGUAAUGUUUAAAUGAUCUUCACGUUGGUGUAAAACUAUGAUUUUAUGUCUGUCAAAGUGAGUCAACUUAGCCAUUUCAAACCCUCUCCUAAAAUAACCCCAGUAUUUGCGGCAACAGUCCAUUACAGCAGUGUAUUUUUUUAGUGGAGUAGUACCCCACCUUCUUUGACUAAUCAGUAUUUCAUUGAGUCAUUUGUCUAAUUAAGUUAAUUAAUUGAGCUGGUGGUGAAAUUUAAGCAAACAAUUCAGUUGCUGUUACAAGAUGAUGAAAAGGCAUUUGAUGGGUGAGAGUCAACAUUUCUUUUGAGAUUUUUCCCAUAUUAAGAUGAAAAUUGUUAUGGUACAGGCGGGAAAAAAAGGUGACGAUCCACUAGUGGCUGGAAGAUAAAAGGGCCAUUUACCAAAGAACACUGAACAUACUGGGGUAAAAUAUAAAAGGACCGUGAGGGGUCAGGAAUAAACAGGGGAAAAUAACUAACAGAACCAUACGGGCAAUUCCAUCGUGACAGACGUUACAUUUAGACGGACAUUGAGGCCUACUAACCACUCUCCCAGCUAAAGUUGUACCCCAAGGAACCUAACCCUAUGUGUGGUUAUAGUUGAGGCCUGAACCUGUUUGGUGGGGGACCAAAAGUCAUCUUGUGACUUCUGUGAUUUUCAAAAGAACCAAAAUUACAGGCGUGAUGGACGUUACGCAAAAAAGACAUGGAAAAAAUCAAAUAAUAUUUAUUAUCAGAAUUCUCUGAAUUCAGUACAGGUACAAAUUGAUGUUUACCCUAGGAUUAUAGAGUGACUCAUCCUUCUUAUAUACAAGCAAUGAUAUUGUUUCUAAUCAGAGUCCCUUAGGAGGCACUACCAAAUUUGUUCCAAAUUGUGUGUGACAGACGUUACGUGACGGAUGUUACCUCUGUCCACUGUGUCCUGUGAUGUGAGAAAUGGUUAGUUUUUUUGUGUUUUAAACUGGGAAAUCAAAAUUUGCCCUUAAUUUUAUCUUAAAAUUGACCGGUACAAAGAAAUAAUUUUGAAAAUGUUCUGAAAACCUUCAAGUUGUUCAAAUUCAAACUGCAAAUGCUUCUUAACCUUUAAAACAUUUUAAACUCAAAUUACCAUUUUUACAAACACAUCAGAUUCUGUUUUUGAACACUUUAAAUCUGCAAAUAAUGAAAUAUGCCAAAACUUGGGCAACUACUCAAACCAUAAAAUUAGUGAAACAGUGUUGAGACAUCCACUUGGUGAGUUCAGUUCAGUUCAUGUGGGUCAAUCAAUCAAAGUCGAGGAACUGAGCACCCCAGUAAUCUCUUUUAUUUACCAUGGUUGGUUGCUGGAGUCUCUUUAUCAUCUUUUCUCUCACAUAGAAGAUUUUGUCUUCAUGUGUUCCAUCUGGCCAGUUCCAGGUGUCAUUGCCUUUUUUAUACAUGACUGUCACUUCAAAGUUCCCAUCUCUGAUCUGUGAACCUCCCCAGGGAAGAAUUUAUACUUAAUUUGUUUUUACUCUUGAAUUUUCAUCCAAAUGAAAACAAAAUUGAAAAUGGCAGCUUCUUUUCAUGUCCUAAAUUGCCAGGUGCAUUGUGGGAGUUUAUUUGCCUUGCUGCAGCUGCCACCUUUGGGGAAUUAGUGGAACUACUUAUUGUCUUAAGAAAGAUGAAAGAAUACACAAAUAAGAUAAAAAAAAGACAACAUUCCUACCACUUUCUUGGGACGUGACGGACGUUACAUGUGACGGACGUUACAGUUUUUCAUCCCCUUGCCCAUGCUACUUGCCAGACAUGGGGACAAACUUGGCACAUCAUUGAUUUUGCCUUGUCUAGAACUUAGAGAAUUGAAAAGCUUAUGUCCCUAUUCCUUCCAAUUUUCCUUCAAUGAAAUCAAUUCACAAUUUCUGUGACAGACGUUACAUUGACAGAGAAGUAAAAAUCAGCCCAGCCUGCCAGUUACCAGCUUCAACAUUAGGACUGAAGCUCCUUUCUGCCACAAAUUGAUGCUCUAAACAUAACAAAUCGACUUAAAUGACUUGUGUUAGCUAAUUAAUUACUGCUUAUUUCAGGGGUUCAACUCACCUGUUUUGGUGCUUUUGGGAUUGAAAAUUCACAGUGUUUCUAUCCUGAACUCAAAUUGUUUCUUGAAAUUAGGGAUAUAGUGGAUAAAAUUAGUGCCUUUUCUGGAUACAAAACAAAGUUUUAUUUUUUGCUUAUUAUGUCCCUCUUUUCAUGGAAUUGCCCAUACUGUACAUACACCAGCUUAAGCAGGGGUAUCAAACUCCAUUCCUGGGGGGCCGGAGCCCUGUGUAGCUUAGCUCAUUCCCUGUUCCACCACAAAUGAUUUAGCUUACGAGCUCUGUGGUAAUUAGCACAAGGAGUUGAAUCAGGUGUGUUAAAUGAAGGUAAACCAAAAACACAGUGGAGUUUGACACCCCUGAGCUAAAGGAACCAGGCAACCACAGGAACAGGACUACACAAACGGGCAGAAUACACACAGUAAUUCAAACAAUGACGAACUGGAGAAAUGAACAAAGGCAGGAACUUCAAUACACUGACAACAAGGACUAACAAAAGGCAGGUGUGAAUCAUCAAAAACAACCAAUCAAGUAGGGCAGAGCGCAACAAGACACAGGUGAAGUGACUAACACUAAUGAACACAGAACUAAGGUAACACAGGGAAAUACUACACUAGGAGAAAAUCAAGAAACAAGUAAAACAGAAAAUAACCACGGCAGGGGCAGACAACCAUAAAUAAGAAAAAUUAAACACAAGCGUAAACAAUAUCAAAUGAAGGAUAAGGAUAAAACAAAUAUCAACAGAUAAGGCUAGCCUUGAACCCAUAACCAUAGGGUUGCAGCCUUUGCGCCACACAUUCAACCCCCUGAGCCAUGGAACAUGGGAACACACAAGGAUUAGACAGGAAGUGAAAACGUGGGAUGGCCAGCACCACUUGCUGGCCAACUGGGGUAGUUGCAUGGAGGGCAGGGGCAGAUGGGCGCUGACCCAGACAGAAAAUGUUUGGGAAGUGCAGUUUUGAAACAGAGAAAGAGUACUACUUUGUUAGGCCAGGAUAUGUUAAACUCACAUAUGGGUUGUCCAUGUUCGCUCCACAGUCCUAAAACAUGUUAAGGUGAAUUGGAAUUACCAAAUUCACUGUUAAUGUGUGUUAGCCCUGUGAUGUGUUGGAGCCCCAUCCUGGGUUAUUCUCUGCCUUACAUCUUUUGUUUCUGAGACCCAGACCCCGGUGAUCAUGUAUAGGAAAAGUGGUAUAGAAGUUGAAUGAAUGAAUGAACAAAUGAAUGAACUAAUAUCUGGGGACUUGUAUAUAAUGCCUUUGUGUAUGUAUAUGAGGAUUCAAUUUAUGGUGUGUGUGUAGGAAUUUUUACGUGUGAGGUUUGUGUGUGUGCACGGUAUGUAGAUGAGACCCAUGCAUGUGUGUGGGAGGAAGCAGCUCAGAGUGCUUUUCUGUUUCUACAGAGCCUGGUACUGUAGAAAUUUUGCUGCCAGUAGACAGGGAGAGUGGGGGGUGGGCGGUGCAGAGGAGCAGAUCUGCAGCUAUUGGAAAUGAGUGGGAGUAAUGGCUGUACGACUCUCAGAGGCUGACAAAGAGCGUCCACUCACUCACUCACUCACAUGCACACAUAACGCCGGGAGCUGGAGCAGAAGCUGAUGCACCAGGGGAAAUGGCAUUUGGCUUCCAUGGCAUGCUCACACCACCGCUGUCCUCCUAGUGCUGCCAUCUCACUACCUAUUCAUUCUACUUUUCUUUCUGCUGCUGAGCGUUGAGCGCCAUGCAGUCACAGCUUGAUGAGGCUGGUUGCCGCGACUACUGCGUGGACGAAUCUUCCCUGCUGAAACGACUGCCUCUAAACCCCCUUGCAGGCCCACGGUGCCCAGUCCAGUCUGUGGGCCAGUGGCUGGAGAACAUUGGGCUCGUUCAAUACGAGAAUCACCUGGUGGCCAACGGCUUUGACAAUGUCCAAUUCAUGGGCGGUAAUGUGGUGGAAGACCAAGACCUGCUGGAGAUUGGUAUCCUUAACUCAGCUCACAGGCAGCGUUUACUUCAGGCCACCCGCCUCCUGCCUAACGUGCAGCCCAUUGGUCAUCCUGGAAACAUCCCCACUUCAGUGGCAGAGUGGUUAGAAUCUUUGGAACUUGGGAACUACACACAGUCCUUUCUCAUCAAUGGUUACACCUCUAUGGAACUGGUCAAGAAGAUCUGGGAGGCUGAGCUCAUCAGUGUGUUGAAGAUAACUGCAUUAGGACACAGGAAGAGGAUUCAGGCAUCACUUCAAGACAACCUACUUCAAAAGCCCCUUCGAAUCACCUCCCUCAGGGAUCCCAGUGUGAACCACACAUCCCUUCCUGUUGGCUCGCUGGAUUUUCAGAAGCUCAUCAUGCAAGGAGACACCCAGCGGCACCCAAACGACAGUUACUUUGACGACAUGCCACGGACGAAAUUAGAGAGACAGAUGGCUCAAGUUAGUAUGCAUGGUGAAUGGCCUGAGCCUAUAAUGUUGCGACCACCCAAUGAAGCAACGCCUUCCACACCAGUACAGUACUGGCAGCACCACCCAGAGAAGCUCAUCUUCCAGUCAUGUGACUAUGAAGCUUAUUACUUGGGGUCAAUACAAAUCAAGGAACUGAGGGGAACUGAAUCUACGCAAGAAGCCUGUGCAAAAAUGAGGUGUUCAGAUCCAAUGAAGAAAAUCCCCACCAUUGUACUCUCAGUUUCCUACAAGGGAGUUAAGUUUAUUGAUGCCAUAAACAAGAAUCUAAUUGCUGAGCAUGAGGUCCGCAACAUCUCAUGUGCUGCCCAAGACCCAGAGGAGCUCUCCACAUUUGCCUACAUCACCAGGGACCUGAAAUCCAGUCAGAAUCAUUGCCAUGUCUUUACAGCUUUUGAUGUGAACCAAGCUUAUGAGAUCAUCCUGACACUGGGCCAGGCAUUCGAGGUGGCGUACCAGCUGGCUCUCCAGGCACGAGUUAGUGGGCAAGCCUCGGCCACACUGCCCGAAAAUUUUGAUAGCAAGGCUGGCCAACCCAUCCCCAAGCCCCGCUUCAGUGUUAAGUCUGUAGAACUACCUGUGAUCAACCAGAAGAGCCAAGCCAAUGUGGCUUGGAUAGUGGAGCCAGGGCAUGAGGCCAAGAGGGGAGCCAGCACUAAGUACGAGACCACCAUUUUUUAGUAUAUAUCCACAGUCCAUUUAUGUGUGUGUGGAUUUCUUGUGACCCUCUACAGAACUGCCAGCAGAGUGAGCUGUGACUUUUUUAUCGCCUAAAAUCUGUGGCAGCUGCACGAUUAUACUGCCAACACCUCUUCUCCAACUGGCACCAGAUUCACCUUACAGUUGUACAAAUGCUAGUCCAAGGCUUCUGCACCCAAUUUUUCAGGAGGCAAAAAUAAAUAAAAAAUGUUCCAACCUUCAACAUUUUAUCCUCUUUGGACAUGAAGAGGAUUCCUGCAGAUUAACAUCAUUCAGCCUCAGUUUUCUUUAUGAACCCAGAAAGUGAGCUGGUAUCUGUUUCUUUAUGACCUCAGACAGUGAGGCAUGUUUUGUUGGGAUACUACAUACUUGUAUUUGUUUUGAGCUGGUAAAUGGACUGCAUAUAUGCAGGGUGGGCAUGUAUUAAUGGAUUAAGAGUGAAAUGGACUGACCAUAUCAAAAUGCUCACAGACUACACAGAAUGAUUAUUAUAUAAUUUUUACACCAUUUAGCGGAAUAUACAGAGAAAAUUAUCAAUGUCAUAAAAUAAUUUAUCUUAUGAUUUAAUUUUUAAAGCUUUUAUUUUAAGUGGUUUAUCCUACAUGUGAGAAAUUAAUGACAGAAUAAUGACCCAUCUCUAUUACAAUGGACUGGAUUUACUAAGAUGUGGAUCAUAGUGACAUACAGAUUUCAAUAGUAAAUCCACUACAUUUGGAGAAUGACAAGGUUGCUGGUGACUGCUGGUGACGAACAACAAGGUUCAAAUGACAAAUGCAGUUUUUAUUUAUGUAAUGAAAUGAACAAAUCUCUUCCAUGGUUGUCAUGGGGUACUUGGGAAGUACAUCACUAACUGAAAUCAAAUAGGGAUGCACCGAUACCAGUAGGCCCUACUAGUAUUAGUGGUCGUGUACUCAUACUCAUCCUUGUGACAAUGCGCCAAUGCCUAACAUACCAUAUAAUAAAAUAUCAGCAAUAUCAUUUUCGUGAAAAAGAUACAGACAAAAUGUCUGCACUUUGGAAGUACCUGCAAACUUUUCUCUACUAAACUAUCAAGAAUAGCUACAAAAACAGGAUCAUACAAUGGUAAUACUGUAGUCUACUUAAACAUCUAAAAUAAAAAGCAUAAGAACGAGUAUGAUGUCACCAGCAGUACUCUGCAAAAACAGAGAGAAAAUGUCAUACGAUAACCCUAGUGCAGUGACAAUAACAGAAGGUCUUAUAAGACUGGGUAUAUGGAGAGCGUAACACUUUCACACACGGUUUAAUAAGUUUGCAAACCAUUUAACUGUCAAUGACAUGUUUCAAAUCAUAAUUAAAUCCAGACCUCUGAUCAAUCGUUUCCCACAGAGACUGAAAAAUGAGAAUCAGCACCGCUAAUAAGCAUUCAUCUGGCCAGCAACUUUUAAUGGCAGCUAUUUAGUGGAUUAUCUGUAUGUUGUAUUUUCAUACUUUCACGUUUUUAUUUGGCUAAAAAAAUUAAGUGACCCACUUGGUUCCUUGUGUUGGGGGGGGGGCAGGCGGUUGGUUGGUAAUUUCAAUAUCAUCGUUUUGCCCAAUAUUUUAUAAUUAAAAUAUGCCAUGUUAUUUUUUAGUCAUCGCCCUGCCCUAAUUGGUAUCAGUAUCACUGAGUAGGCCUCUCAAAAAUUGAGCAUUAGUACUUGUCGGAAAACAAUAAUAUUGUUGCAUCCCUAAAAACAAUGAUAUAAUUAUAUAUUUUAAACUCCAUUCUGCAUAAAAUGCAAGUGGAACAUAAAGAACCUCAAACAACUGGUAAGAAGUUCACUAUUUACUUUCGAUCAUGUGCUGAAUAUCUAUGUUUAAUUUCUGAAUUUCUCAGAUUGAUGAAUUAUCUUGAGGUAAGUUUGAUCUACUUGACAUUUUUUAUGACAUUAAGAAGAUCCUAUAAUUAUUAUAUGAAAUGUGUCCCUCUCGCUGUAAUCACAAUUUUACAGAUUCAACAAAGAACACAACUGGAUCGUAUUUGUCAUCCAAUCAGAAUAUUUCCUUGUGAACUGUG